AUGGCGACGGCGGCGCUCAGCCGCGGCGCGCGCUCCGGCCUCCCACUCCUCGCCGCAGGCGCCGAGGCCGCCUCAGCACCCGCUUCUCGUGCAUUCCAAUCUACUGGCGUAAGGAGGAUGGGGGCGCAUGCUCAUGAUGAGCCAUACUACGUCCACGCCAAGCACAUGUACAACCUGCACAGGAUGAAGCACCAGCAGCUUAAGGUGUCCCUCGCCGUGCUGGCUGCGGUGGGCACUGGUGUUGGAGUCCCUGUGCCGCAGUUGAGUUCAAAAGGUGAGGCGGCGAGAUCGAAUCAAGCGGAGCGGAGCGUACCCAUGGCGAUGGCGCUGCGUCGGGUGCUGCUUCCUCUCCUCCUCUUCCUCGUCAUCUUAGUUCUGCGGCCGCAGAGCUGCUGCGUAGCCAGUGACGGAGGCGGAGGGGAGCCGGCGGAGUUCGAGAUCCCUCGGGACGGGAGCGUGCUGGAGCUUGACGAGAGCAACUUCGAGGCGGCGGUGCGCGCAGCCGACUUCCUCUUCGUCGAUUUCUACGCUCCCUGGUGCGGCCACUGCAAGCGCCUCGCCCCGCAGUUAGAUGAGGCCGCUGUGGCGCUGGCUGGACUGAGCACACCUGUCGUUGUGGCUAAAGUAAAUGCCGACAAAUAUAGGAAGCUCGGCUCUAAAUACGGGGUAGAUGGGUUCCCUACUUUGAUUCUUUUUUACCAUGGAGUACUUUCAGAGUACACAGGUUCAAGGAAGGCUGAUUUGCUAGUUGAGAACCUUAAGAAGCUUGUUGCACCUGAUGUUUCUGUGCUUGAGUCAGACUCGUCAAUUAAAGGCUUUGUUGAAGCGGCUGGCAUCAAUUUUCCAUUGUUUAUUGGGUUUGGAAUGGAUGAGUCAUUGAUUGUUGAAUAUGGAGCAAAGUACAAGAAGAAAGCAUGGUUUUCAAUAGCCAAGGAUUUCUCCGAGGAUAUGAUGGUUGUGUAUGAUUUUGACAAGUCACCGGCGUUGGUUUCUGUUAACCCAAAAUAUAAUGAGCACAGUGUAUUCUAUGGUCCAUUUGAGGGAACAUUUUUGGAAGAUUUUAUAAGGCAAUCCCAACUGCCUGUAACUGUGCCCGUAGAUAGAGAGACAGUGAAGUUAUUGAAAGAUGAUGGGAGGAAAGUUGUUCUUACAAUUUUGGAGGAUGAGUCAGAUGAAAAUUCUCCACAACUAAUAAAAGUGUUGAGGUCUGCGGCCAAUGCAAACCAUGAUUUAGUGUUCGGAUACGUGGGAGUCAAGCAAUGGGAGGAAUUCACCGAGACUUUUGAUGUGAAGGUUCCGCAGCUGCCGAAGAUUAUUGUCUGGGACACAAAAGAGGAGUAUGAAGUGGUUGAGGGUUCAGAGAGUCUCAGAGAAGGUGACUAUGGAUCCCAAGUUAGUCGUUUUCUAGAUGGAUAUAGGGAAGGAAGAACAAUAAAGAAGAAAGUGGGUCGUGGUUCCCCAACACUGCUCGGCCUUAAUGCGAUAUACAUUCUCGUUUUCUUGGUCGCCGUUCUUGUUGUUUUGAUGUAUUUUUCUGCGCAAGGCGAGGAGGAUCAUCAGCCAAGAAGAGGAAGAGCCCAUGAGGACUGA